UUAGUACGUAUAUACAAAGCAAAGCAGCAUAUUCAAAGAGAUUAAAGGCAGAGUGUACGAACAUUAAAAUAUUUUACCCCAAAGUGUGGAUUAGUAACGCCGUUAGUUCACACAAUACAUGAACGAGUUGCUGCACGUAGAUAUAACUACAACUGCCACAGUCGCACAAGGAAAAUUAAUCGAGACGUAGACGCCAACAGCUGACGAAUGCAUACAUUACAUUAUUAACUGUACCAGAGAAAUAAAAUUGGUUAGUUAAUACGUCCCAGAAUACAAGGAGUUAUUGGCGCUUUGCAAUAAUUUCCCCACUAGCCAAGAAAAUAACGAGAUUUCGUCUUGAAAACAAAUUGAAAUAUAUUUAUUCAGCGAUAUCCAUUAGUCUAUUAAAUACACAAAAUAAUGGAUGAUGAAAAACUAAUGGAAUUGGUGGAAGCCAAUGAUAUUAUAUACAACAAAGGCCAUCGGUAUAACCACAGUUUCGAGAGAAAGAAGAGAGUUUGGGCUAAAAUUGCUGCAGAAAUGGACCUACCUGCGGAUGAAUUGGCCAAGCGAUAUCGAACCCUGAGGGACCGUUUUGUAAGAUAUAAACGUGUGGAAAUGUUAACAGGAUCGGAAAACAAGUAUCGUCCUCCUAUUAUGGACAAAAUGGAAUUUUUAACGCCUCAUGUAUUUGUCAAAAGUUCUAAUGGCGAGAAAAUAACGUGGACACUUAAAGAGGAAGAUAAUUCAUCGAAUCAAAUCAUAUCAUCUGCUAUGACACCAGAACAAGAACAUGAGGAAUCGGAUGCAUUUAUAGAGAUGGCAUAUUCAUCGCCUGAGCGCACUCUUUACAAAAGUGUUAUAAAACGUAAGGCUCCUACAUAUUCAACCACCACUCCCAUGGCCAGUUGUGACAGCCCAGCAGUCACCAUGCCUAGCAACACUGAUGCUGCAGAUGAAGCUUUUCAUGAUGCACUUCAAAGUUUCAAAAAACUGUGUAAAGCUCGGGAGGAAAGACAGGAAAAUGAAGCAUUGCAUGGAUUUGGACAAAUGAUUGUAGCCACAAUAGCCGGAAUGAGUUCUUCCAAACAGACCAAGGCUAUGAUGCGUGUUACAGAGUUAGUAAUGCGUAUAAGAAUGGAAGAAGACGAUUGAAUCCCAUUUUGAAAACGAAGGCUAUAGUCUGGCCUUAGUUGCAAUCUUGCAACAUUAUGUUUAAAUCAUACUUUCUGUACAUAUAAUAUUAAAUAUCAAAAACUACAAUAUUUAAGCCUACCUACUUUAAGCCUACGUUUCAGUAGAUGUUUAAGGUUCUUUUUUAUAAAAUUUGCCUUAAAGCUACGGU